UGACGUUUAACGAUAUUCAGUUUGAGUAGAAAAUCACAAAAACAAAAUUGCUAAAUUGCUGUGUAGGCAAAUCAAUUUCAUAUAUAUUUUUACUAUAUCUAAAUAAAUAUGGAUCUGAUGUUAUUAAUAGGUGUAGCAAUAGCGCUACUAGUAAUAAUAAUUGGAAUAUUGUUAUUUCAAAGAAAAUCAACGGGAGACAAAACGGAUAAGCCAGCGCAACGAGGAGUUCCAGUGAGAGCACAAGAAGGUAUCCCAAGACGUGCCCAAAUAGCUCGAAAUCAACGUAAUCGUUUGCGUCAAAACGCUGCGGCAGCUGCAGCUGCAGAUCAGGCUGCUGCUUUAGAUAAUGCCUUGGAAGCGAAUGACAACGAUGAAGAUGAAGAUGAUGGUGAAAUCCCAUCAGGUCCGGUAUUGGAUGAAAAAAUGGGCGCCAAGAAACGUGCCAAAAUGGAAGCAAAAGAACAAAAGCGAAUAAUGCGCGAGCAAGAGUUGAAACAACGGGAAGAGCGGAAAGUUAAGGAAGCCAAACUCGAAGCGGAACGAAAGCAGCAGGAAGACCGUGAGGAAGAAGCGGAACGUAAAGCUGCUGAAGCUGAACGUUUAGCACGCGAAGAGCGCGAACGUAAAGAACAUGAAGAGUAUUUAAAAAUGAAAGAAGCAUUCAAAAUUGAGGAAGAAGGUUUUGACGAAGCUGAAGAUGCAGAAAAAGAGCAACUUUUACAAGAUUUUAUACAAUAUAUUAAAGAUAACAAAGUAGUUGUUCUGGAAGAUUUGGCGAUGGAAUUUAAACUAAAAACUCAACAAGUGAUCGACCGUAUACAGGACUUGCAAGCGAAUGGUACAUUAACGGGAGUAAUCGAUGAUCGUGGAAAAUUCAUCUACGUUUCUCAGGAAGAAUUACUUGAAGUGGCAAAAUUCAUAAGACAGCGGGGGCGAGUUUCUAUAGCCGAACUGGCAGAAAGUAGCAAUAAUUUGAUUAACUUGACACCUGUAUCAAGUACUUAACAGAUAGUACAGAGAAUGUAAACAAAUAUGUUAGUCUAAUUUUGUUGUUUAAUUCUCUUAUAACAGACCUUUAUGUAAAUUCUGAACAAAAUUCAAUGUACAUAUGAACAAUUUUAAUAUGACGUUAAUUCUUACAAUAAUAUGUACCUACAUACGAAAUGUAUAAAAUAAAUAUUUUUAUUAAUCCGA